AUCUAGAUCUAGAACCAUAAUGACUGUAUGAUGUAUGACUUAACACUUGCACCUUCCUUCCAGUGUUGUGAAUGAAAGCCUUUUUACUUUGCUGUGUCAAACGAUGCGGUCAUUAAUAAAUAUUUUUAAUAAAAUGGAUUCGAGUCACACACUUACUUUCUGUAUAAACUUGGGAUUUAAUCAAAAACUAUCAGGACACUUUUGUUCAAGUUUGUCAUCUGACAUAUUCUUGGGCACGGCAAGCUUCCUUUUGGAUCUAGAAUCUCUAUAUGUUGUUUAGGUUGUUAACAUGUUCUUUGAUUCCAUUCUAUGAUGAGACAAUUUAGCAAGUCAGCGAAAUAUCAUACUAAAGUUAUGAGAUCAAGAUCUCUAGAUUUUCAAAAAGUUAAGCUCAGAGUUAGUUCAGUAAGAGACGCACCUCCCCUGACGGUGGCUACUGUGGUAUGUGCCUGUGUUUGUGUCGCUGGGGGGGUGUACAGAUUAGUCAAGGUGCUUACCCUACAUUCACUGGACCAGAGCUAAGCUUUAACUUCCUGUCAUGCCACCUCUAGGCUAGGCAGUUACUAAAAUAAGCCAUUUGGUCACACUUGGGUCCUGAAAGUCAGGAUAAGUUCAGGGGGAAUUCCCUGUUUCUAGAAGACAUCUGUCAUGUAAUUGGUUUAAAUUUGACCCUAUGACCCCCUUGAAGCAUUCCACAGGUGUUGGUUCUUCAGAGGAAGUGUGUAAAAUUUUGUGUGGUGUUUAACUUGUUGUACAGUAUUGCCUAUUUCUUUUUUAUGGCCUAGACAUUUUUCUGUUCUCUACUAGAUCUAGUACAUUUUGAAGUCUGAACUGAUUUUCAGAAGGCUUUCAGGUUAGACUUUAGAGAAUAAUGGGAAAAGCAAUCAGAAUUUAAAUUUAAGAAAGUAGAGUGUACGCUGUGGUUAAGUUGUAGAUCAUUUCCUAGCACACGGAUUCCCAUUAUAAUGGCUUGGAUGCGAGAGAAGAAAAACAAGUUGCCAGCUGAGAUUCGCCAGAGCCUCAGGCUGGACUUUGGAGGAGAUAGUGACAACAACACAGUGGCUAGUGUUCCUACCGUCCCCAUCCCUGCCCCACCACCGCCUGUCAAUACCAUCAACACCACCACUUCUAUGAGACAACCAUCACCAUCUGGCUCAUCCUCCAUCGUGGCAGGUCUUGGCCACACCACACAGAUUGAGAGGCUACGAUCCAGAGGCAUAGAAAGAUCAACUGGCAAGCUACAGAUUUCACCUGAAGUGACCUUUGAAUUUACAUCGGAUGACUUAAAAGACUUGGGCGAAAUGGGCAGAGGAAAUUAUGGCUUUGUCAACAAAAUGAUACACGAGAAAAGUGACACAAUCAUGGCUGUAAAGCGCAUCAGAUCCACUGUGGAAGAGCGGGAUCAGAAACAGUUGCUGAUGGACCUUGAUGUCGUCAUGAGGAGCAAUGAUUGUCCUUACAUUGUACAAUUCUUUGGGGCCCUUUUCAAAGAGGGUGAUUGCUGGAUAUGUAUGGAGCUCAUGGAUAUUUCAUUAGACAAGUUUUACAAAUUUGUUUACACAGAGCAGCAUGCUUUCAUUCCAGAAGAAAUUAUUGGGAAAAUCACGGUUGCGACUGUAAAAGCUUUAAAUUAUUUGAAGGAAAAAUUGAAAAUCAUUCAUAGAGAUGUGAAGCCGUCCAAUAUUCUUCUAGACAGAAAGGGCAACAUCAAAUUAUGUGAUUUUGGUAUCAGUGGCCAUCUUGUGGAUUCUAUUGCAAAGAGUCGAGAUGCUGGCUGUAGACCGUACAUGGCUCCUGAAAGAAUAGACCCAAAAGCUUCCAGUCGAGGUUAUGAUGUGAGGUCUGAUGUAUGGAGUCUAGGAAUAACUCUGAUGGAAGUUACUACUGGCAAAUUUCCAUAUCCCAAAUGGUCAAGUGUGUUUGACCAGCUGCAGCAAGUUGUACAGGGUUCUGCCCCAAGACUUCCAAGUGAUGGCAUGUUUUCUCAAGAAUGUGUACUUUUUAUCAACACCUGCUUAACAAAGGAAGACAAACAACGACCAAAGUACAAUAGAUUGUUGGAAGAUCCCUUCAUCAAGAGACAUGAGGAGAUGGGGGUGGACGUGGCUUCCUACGUGUGCUCAGUCUUAGACCAAAUGUCCUCUUCGAGUCUCUUGUCCUGUGAGCAGCCGUUGUCUUAACAGUGAAUGGGAUGCCUAUUAAGUUAUACAUAGUUCUCCAUUGUUGAAUUACACAACACAUACCUGGGCCUGUGUGGCAGAUUAUGAAGCACGUCGAAGCAACGAUCAUGUAAUGAUGGGAAUGGUGACGACUACUGAGUGAGCUGAUGGCUUCUUUCACUUUUGUUUUAUUUCUGUCAUUGCGAUAAUUUUUUUUAACAAAUCUAUUCUGUACACCAAGGUGACUUUACCUUUCCUGAGAGUAGGUCAGCUAGAAUUCAACAUAUUUUUGGAAUGCCAUGUAUUUGCAAAUUUUCAAAAUUCCAAUAAUCGCUCAGACUUUCAGUACAAUAUUCCAGUUUUUACUGUAAGUGGUGUCAACAUUGCUUUCUUUGUUCAGUCCAGUAAAUUAUGGAAAUUUUGAAAGACAUGUAGCACUGUUAUGUUGUCCUUAAUUUAAUUUUCUUUUUUUGGAAAAAAAAAAGGGAUGAUGAGUAUUGUGUGUUGUCCCUUCUCUUAGUUGCUGUUUUAGUAGGAAAUGAUGUUGUGGGGACUCUUACUUUGUUGUAGCUUCAAGGCAGACUUGGUGCUCUUUGAUUGGUUGUUUCAUUGUUUCCUCUAACUUCUUACUUCUAAGAGAAAAUCUCAAGAGUUUUCAAAUGGGAAACUUAAGAAACUGGAUUCAAGUGUGGCCUGGCUGAUGAUUUCAACUGCGUUGAAAGGAUUCAUGAAGAGAAGAAAUAAGCGAAAAGAUUUAAUUCUUAUCCUCAAGAUGGCCUAAGCAAGGAUUUGAAAAAUAGGGGAGAGAGUUUGAGAUAAAUUCCAUGAAGUGUUUAUAACUCAAUUUCAGUUAUGGGUUGGAUUUGUUGGAAUGGAGGUUCUGUAUCAGUUGGUGUUCAUGUUAAGUAAGAGGAGAGGAUUGUAGAUUUUAUUUGUGUUUACUGAGAUUUCACACAAAUGGCCAGAGAAAAAUGUUGGUUGUGAUUUUCCUUUGUGAGUUGGGCUGGAGGGAGGUGAAGAACAGGUUUUGGCUGGAGGAUACGAGAUCUUAUGUCAUAAUCACUCUAGAUUGUUUACUUCAUUGGUUAAGCAGCUUCUUUCCAACUGUUCAUGCCAUUGUCUUAUGCGUAGAGUCAGUAUCUACUGUCACUUCCUUCUUAUGUUUGUUGGAGAUUGUGAUGCGUGCUUGGCGGAGAUAGAGAGGGAGAGAUUUGUGUGGGUGAUGACGCAUCAGAGACAAUUGAAAAAGACUAAUGUAUGCACAUAAAUGUUUUGUAAUGGUUUUAUGUAAUUAUUCACCCAUUGGUUAUAAGCAAUAUUUGCAUUGUAUGUAUGCAUGCUAUGUAGACUGAAGGGUUCAUGUGUAUCGUCUGAAAAGUUGUCUAUGCCUGGUUGAGACUCAUGCUUACAGUUUUAUUGUCAUCCGUUCAACAAAAAAUGGACUUGUCAGAGAUGUGAUGACAGACACGGACUGGUGAAGUCAUUUUUACUGACUGUUUUUAUUGUUGUUGAAAGUAUUAUGAUUGAAUGGUUUACAUGCUGUCCCAAACCAGGCCUUAAGCGAAUGCCCUUAUGUGUUUGAAUGAAAGUUAGAUUGUAUACUGUUAUUCUACAUAAUGAGAUAUAUAUAUAUGAAUGCCAAUGCUCAUCGUUUGGUCUCAACCGUAACCCCCUGCCCCUCUGGGGUUGGGUUUGUUGUUUUUUUGUUUGUUUUUUUUUUUCUUUUUUUUUUUUUUUUUUUUUUUUUGAUUAAUCAUUCCAUAAUAUAACUACAUCAACUGAAAGGGUCUUUUUUCCACUUGUAGUACUGUAUAAGUGAAUGUAGUUUUCAAAGUAAAACAGCAUGAUAUGAAAAGUAUAUUUGAGUAGGCAAAGUUUGAACUCAUUCUAGCCACACAAGAUUGUUAUUUCCAUGAGAAAGCAUUUUAAACAAUGGCAGCUCAAACUGUUUCAUUCAUCAUGGCGAUGAGUAGACCACUGAUUGAAGUGAGAGGGAAAAAGAUCUUUUUUUUUUCCGGAAAUUAAGCUAUGCUACUGAGAAUGUCUGACCAGCUUUGUGAAAAAGGAAAAGAAAGUCAAACGAUUUUUUAUCUUGUCUAUUUUUGAAUUUCUGUUUAGAAAAAAAUAACACACGGUUGAAGUAGCUGGAGUUUUUACGCUUCAAUGUACUUGUAAAGCAUUGCAUAGCUUAUCACUGUCAAGACUUUUCCAGUUGCUUGUGUAACUUUGUAUGUUUGCCCUGAUUUCUGGGCAGAAUUGUCCAUUUAGCGCUGUCUGUAACGAUAAGUUAUUUUUAAAUAAGAAUUUGUUCUCUGGAAUGUAUUUCAAAGUUAAUGUAGGCUGCCAGACAUUUAAUCGCACAAAGCUGGUUGCGGGGUCGUAAGAGAAGACGAUAUUUGGCCUGUGCUAAGAGAACACAGAGAGUACCUGGGGCAUUUUGUUCAAUUGUCAUAUUUUUUACACUUGAUGUAUCAAAAAGAGAUGUAUAAGAAUAACUGGUGGUUAUAGUUUUUAUUCCAGUGCACAAUAUUAGUAACAGUUGAUUACAAAAAAUCCAGAUCAGUUUUGUGAAGUGAACAAUAUUAUAUAUAACAAUGUAGUUAAAUUUUGAUUUUUUUGUGUUCUUAAUUUUGUACUAAUGUGAUUACUAGUAGAAGAUGUAAACAGGAACUCAGUACAGGUAUAAAUCAAUUUAUGUACAAAGGAAACCGUGUCUCUUAAGAGUAAUUUAUGCACUAAUCAUUUAUUUUUGUAAUCUUAACAGAUGUGAGGUGUAUGUGUCCUUUUGUUUUGUUGUCAAUCAUAUUUGCCAUAAAUCAAAUGCAAUGUUUUAUUCCUACAUUUUUACGCAGUUAACGAUGCACCUUUUGCUGCACCCUGAAGUAAUGGAAAUUUUGAAUAGGAUUCCUUUUUGUGAGAGAAAAUAUUUCAAUGUUUCUUCUUUAAUUAGUUUUUUUCUUGCGACUUUCUUAUAAACAACCCAAAGGAAUAUACAUUACAAAUGGAUGGAUGGAUGGCUGGAGGUUUGUGGGUUGUUGUUUUUUUUUGUCUCGCCUCUGAAAUAAUACCUCUCUGCUCACUGUCAUUCCUCGCUUCUUUUUUUUUUUUGACAGGACGUAUAUGUGUCUAGUAGGAUGCAUAACUUCAACGGACUUGAACAAAUGAUGUUUUCUUUAGCUUGAAAAAGCUUUCGCCAUUCUUUGAUAUGGAGGCCAGCACAUGUUCAUCUCCUUAAUCAUCAAUGUGGCAGUGGAAGAAAGGGGAAGCUUUCUGUAUAAUGGGAUGGUUCCCAAACUAUGUUUUUGUGUGUCCUUCAUUACGGUUUUAUAUAUAUAAGUAUAAGCCUUGGUAAGUAUCUCCCACUUUCAUGUUAACUGAUAGCAUUUAAGUACAUAUUGUCUGUCAGACUCAAAGCUCGGUCUGUCUACAUUUUUAGACAUUAUGUGUAUGGGGGAAGUGCCAGCCUUUAAGAUGACAAUAUUGUGUAUCAAGUAGGGCUCUGCACUUUCAGUCGAAAACAAAAAUAAACAAAAAAAAUAAUGUUUCCCAAUGCUCAUGAAUAAACAUGCACAGAAGGGAAACAAAUGUAUUCAUGAUGUUCCCAACAUAUCUUUUGUUUUGGGGAUUUUACUUUUAGAUGCAGUCUUUCAUCAAGAUUGCAAAUUGCUCUCAGCAGUGACGCCAGUAUGAAGGGGGUAUGUGUAUUUCUGUGUGUGUGAGUGACUGUGUGUGAGGGAUUGUGUGUGUGAUACCAGUGUCCUGACAGAUGGCAGGUGCUGUUGAGAAAUCUGCUGUGAAUAGAAUGUUGGAAAAUACAUGUAAUUGAAGAAAUGAACACCCCA